UUCUUAAAACUUAAUAAAUAUUAGAUUGUUAUUCGUAAAUUAUUUUUAUUCAUAAGAACAUUUAUUGUAUAUGCUAAAUUAUGCUUGGUUUAAGUUAACAUUAAAUAGUUUUAUAUAAAUAAAAUUUUAGAAUCGAUAAAUUAAUAUCAAAUAAGUUUUAUAAAAAUUAUAUCAAAUAAGUAUAUAUCACAAAUUUAAUUCAACAAACUAAAGAUGUUUUAUUAAAACCUCGUAAUGAUACACGUUGAAGUAAUUAAAAACCAAAUUAAGUAAUAUUUUAGAAUUUUUUCCUAAUUAAUAAAAUAAUUUAUUAUGUAUAUUUAAAUACACUAAAAUAAAAAUGUUAAAACAUUACUUAAAUAAUAAUGUUAAAAUAUAUUAAUAUUAUACAUUAGAUUUUUUUAAAAUAUAUUUUCGCGCUUUUAAUCGCGGGUUAUAGUCUAGUAUCUUUUAAAACAUAACAAUUAAAUGCUGAAUUUUAUGAAGUUAUAACAUAAAGUGAUAAAUGAACAAACUUCCUCAAAGCACCAUGUUCAUUGCCUUGUAAAAUCAUCUCUCGUUCAUUGAUACCACUCAAACAUCUACCAAUAUCAAAAGCAAAAGCAAAUAUGGCAAAGUCUCUUCACAUUGCAAUGUUUGUAUCAAUAGUAAUGUUCUUCACGUCAAAUUUGAUUUCUUCCCAGGAAAUUGAUCAACAUUCACAAGAGGCACCAGGAGAUGUGAAGAUAUCUCCCACAUUGGAUUUUGAUAUUUUCGUCGAAUCUCCUCAUGAAUCUUCAUUUGAAGAAGCCGAUUCACCCGCAAUGGAAUAUGAGAUAAAGUUUGGACAUCAUUACACGGACAAACAGUUCGGUUUUCUUGAGGUUUGCGCUCAAAAGCUGAACUCAUCACACUAUGGAGAUGAUCUUUUCAAGAACAUGGUAGGUGAGGGAACACCAGUAUUGUUAGCUGAAUGUUGUGCUGAGCUACUAAAGAUUGGAAACGAUUGUUAUUUAGAAACGGCUCAAGUCAUUUUAUCGAGUUACGAUUUUAGAAAUAUUGCGUCUAAGACUAUUCCGAAAAGCAAACAGACAUGGACUGAUUGUGUUCGUCUAACUGAGAAUUGAAACUCAGAUGGGCAGUUUGAUCGUUAUUGAGGAACUAAACUA